ACCAGCUGACCUGGACUUGGCCAACAGCCCUGUUCUCCAUCAUGGCCACCCCACCAUUCUGGCCGACUAAGAAGAUGUUUCCCUUCAAGGUGAGCAAAUGGAUGGAGCUUGCUUGCUUCCGGUCAAUGGUGGGCUCCUCACCCAACAUUCGCCAGAAGAAACUAAUCCAUAAGCUGCAGGAAGAAAAGGCUUUUCGGGAAGAGAUGAAAAUUUUUCGUGAGAAAAUAGAAAAUUUCAGGGAAGAGAUGUGGAAUUUCCGAGGCAAGAUCUGUGCUUUCCGGGGUCAGAUCUUAGGUUUUUGGGAAGAGGAGAGACCCUUCUGGGAAGAGGAGAAAACCUUCUGGGAAGAGGAAAAAACCUUCUGGGAAAUGGAAAAAUCUUUCCGAGAAGAAGAGAAAACCUUUUGGAAAAAGUACCGUACCUUUUGGAAGGAGGAUAAGGCCUUUUGGAAAGAGGACAAUGCCUUAUGGGAAAGAGAUCGGAACUUUCUUCAGGAGGACAAGGCCCUGUGGGAGGAAGAGAAAGCCCUGUCGGAAGAGGAAAGAGCUCUUCUUGAGGAGGAGAAGGCCCUGUGGGAGGAUAAAAAGUCCCUCUGGGAAGAAGAGACUGCCCUCUGGGAGGAGGAGAAAGCAUUCUGGGUAGAAGGUGGUGGCCAUAUUGCUGAGGAGCAGAGACCUGAAGACAGGCACUAUAACGUCGAUGGAGGGCCACAGUCACCAGCCUUCUGCCGAGGCAGAGCUUGAGCGUAGGAGAUGAAGGGCCAUGGGGUCCAGACUCUGCUGGAUUGGGAUUCAAGUCCAGGGUGACCCCAUGUGCAGGAGAAAAUAUGCACUUAUUGGUCUCCUUGCUUCAAAAGAUCUAAUAAAGUCCUGAGGAGACGUUUGGAA